UUAUAGAUGCUGUAAUUCUCGUCAUGAGGAAUAGAUCAGGAAAUGAGGACAAGGAAGGGGGAAUACCAGAAAGCGUUACCAUGUGGAAUAUAUUGGCAGGCGUGUGCAUAUAUUACCCGCUUUCAAUUGGACUUACUUUCUUUCAGAAGUGGUUCAUUAAGGUUGCAACAUAUAAAUCGUUUUAGUUUUUUUUUAACCGUUUGCAUAUAUAUAUUCUCUAGAAACUGAAGAUUGAGCUGGACUCUAAUUAAUGUUUAGUGUUAAAUUAACUUGAAUCUAAAAAUCCAUAUCGCAGAGCUACGAAUUUCCACUUCUUGUCGUCACUUGCCAUUAUGCCAUCAAAUACUUCUUUGCCAUGAUUAUUCGUUUUAUUAUGGAGUGUCGGACAAAUAGACGCACUCGAAUUUCAUUCAAAGAUCAGCUACAAUGGCUGGUACCAAUUGGCAUAUGUGCUUCGCUGGAUAUUGGUUUAUCAAAUUGGGGUCUUAAAUAUGUGACAGUAAGCUUUUUUACAAUGGCAAAAUCAAGCAGCAUUUUGUUUAUGGUUACAUUUGCUCUACUAUUACAUUUGGAACGAUGGCGACCUAUUCUUGUCAUAUCUGCUGGACUUAUUGCGUUUGGCUUAUUUCUCUUCACUUGGAGAUCAGCUCAAUUCGAACUUCGUGGUUUACUGUUGAUUGAAUUAGCAGCAGCAUGUACGGGGUUACGAUGGACAGUUUCACAAAUUGUUAUGCAAGGAGAGGAAAAAUUACUCAAGCAUCCACUGGAUAUGGUUGCGUAUGUACAACCGUGGAUGUUUCUUGCCAUUCUUCCUCUUUUCUUAAUGUACGAAGGUUCGCAACUAUCUUUUGAUAAAAUGACGCAUUAUCUUAAUGAUCAUGCACCAUUUUAUGUUUUGUUUUUUAUUUCAUUCGGUGGUCUCUUGGCUUUUGCAAUGGAAAUGGCAGAAUAUCUUCUUCUUUUAUAUACAUCGGGUAUCACCUUAAACAUAUUCGGGAUAAUCAAGGAAGUAGUAACAUUAUCGUUGGCACAUUUUAUUAACGGGGAUUAUUUUUCUGUGGUUAAUACAGUUGGUUUACUCUUAUGCUUCUCUGGUAUGCUUUUGCACGCUUUUUCAAAAGGGACAUUAAUGAAAGCUCGCACAACAUUGCGAAUGCCGGACAAGAGAAGACUUUUAACGGAUGUUGAUGCAUAACGUCAUGUUAUCGCAUCCCCAUCUCUUUAUAAUAAAGAGAUUGUCGAAUCGCUGCCUCUAUUUUCUUUAUUGUAGUUUCUGUACUUUCCUACUGUCAUCAUUGUUUCGGGUACAAAAAAGGACAUCGAAGUGUAAUGAAGAUAAGGUCUAGCAUCGUAAACUUCAUUACACCGUGUCGAACGGCAUGCUUUAAACCCUAUUUCAAUCCUUUACUCGACAUCGUACCAUGAUGGUCCAUAUUGAACUUGCUAUCCUUAUGGCUAAACUGUCGAUUGUGCUGUUAUCAGCUGAUCGACGGAGCUUCCAGAAAUUACUUGAAAGUUUUGAAAGUGUUUAGUUAAUGUAUAUGAGGUGUCGAUUAGUUAGAUAUCACACAUGGUGGUUAUUCAGCUGCAGUUUUUUGUUUGUUUGUCUUAUUUCUACUUUUCCAAACAUACUGAUACCAUUCCUGUCUUACCACAUGUGUAAAUUCUCCAUUUGUAAAUCAUAUUUUGUAAUAUCUUUAACGGUUGCAACCACUGCUUUACUAGUCACUACCAUAACUAUGUUAGCAGUCGUUACGCCAUUCACUGAAAUAAUAAUAUAAUAAGCGUAUCGCAAAAGUUAAGCACGACUGUGGCAGUGAUUAAUAAAGAGUAAUAAUAUCA